CUUUGUGGUUGGGGUUGGGGUUGGGGUUGGGGUUAGGGUUUUCUGUGUUUUCCACAAAUUCGGUGCUGCGAACAUGGAUUCAUCUGGCUCGAAGAUAGCACAACCUCAUUGCGAUAGCGAAGAAGAAGGAGAGGGUUCUUCUGAUGAUGGGUAUAAUGAUGGCCUUCACGAGAUGACCAAGAAAGAGUGUUUCGAGUACUAUACUCGUGUUCAAGAGAGCGAUGGGUUUGAUGUUCCUGAAUUUCCCAACGUCUUUGCACUGGGUAUCAUUGUACCAUAUCUCAUACCUGGUGAACCGUUCGAGGAUGAAUCAAGUCUCAAAGAGCUUAACACGUGUUCACUUUUAGCAGUUGAGGAUUUCAACAGAAGAAACGGUGAAAAUUACGUGUUUGUGAAGGUUGGGAAGGCAAACAUGCAGCCUGUUUCUGGUGCCAUGUUUUUCAUUACCUUUGAGGCCAAGAAUAAGAAUAUUGGUCCUGUUGAAACCUUUGAAGCGAAGGUCUAUGCGGGAAUUACGGAGAUGGAAGUCUUGAUGUGCAGGCGUAAAAAAGUUGCUACAAUUGACCAAGAAAUCACCCACCCCGUGCUCAAAAGAAAAUAAAUCCGAGAAGCAUGACUUCAUCUAAGAGCGAAAAUAUUUUACAAAAUGGUUACUCUGAAGCUCGAACUUGUACCAAUGACAGAUUUUUGAAAGU